ACUCUCUCUCUGCCUCUCUCUCUCUCUCUCUCUCUCUCUCUCUCUCUCUCUCUCUCUCUCUCUCUCUCUCUCUCUCUCUCUCUCUCUCUCUCUCUCUCUCUCUCUCUCUCUCUCUCCCUCUCUCAGGAGUCCAGAUGAAGUCUAUUAGAACUCAGACCGAUCCAUCUGCCACUCCUCCCCGGUUGCCGAGACAACCGGUCCAGGACGCCUGCAGCCACGCCCCCGUUACCCACGGCAACCAGCGCUCCCAGGACGGGGCCCAGCGCUGGCUCCCCGUGGCCGUCCCCCUCGGUCAGGAGCUCGUAACUGGGCUGUCGUCCAGACGACCGCUGAUGCAACAUCCAGAGACGUCCAACAUGGCCACCGCGCACUCAACCACUGGAUCCAACAUGGCCGCCGCGCACCCAACCACUGGAUCCAAUAUGGCGGCCAUUGAAGUUCCCAGUGGAUCAAACAUGGCGGCCAUUGAAGUCCCCAGUGGAUCAAACAUGGUGGCCAUUGAAGUCCCCGAUGGAUCCAAAAUGGCGGACAUUGAAGUCCCCAGUGGAUCCAACAUGGCUGCCGUGGAAGUCCCCAGUGGAUCCAACAUGGCUGCCGUGGAAGUGUUGAAUCAGAAAGCAACAGUUGAACUACAGAUCGUCACAGAAAGGAGUGAUGAUGAAGAGGAGGAGGAGGAAGAGGUGCUCUUCCCAGGAACGGGUUUCCUCUCUGUAGUGGAUGUUGUUCAGGAGGACAGUGCUCAGGAGGAGCUGCUCAUCGAGGUCUCUGGACAUCGGUCCCCUCCCGCUGCUCUCUACCACGGCCCGGCCUUCCCCCCCUCCACCUCCGCCGCCCCCCUCCCUGCCCAGGACCAGGCCUCCGCUCUGGGCCUCAUCCAGCGGGGAGACGCCCUGGAGAACCGGCUGCUGGAGUGGGUGGAGCAGCAGGUGAUGACCAGGGUCAUCUGUCGGAUGUACAGCCCCCCUCCCCCUGACCCCGCCCUCAAUGAAACGAGUGGCCAAUCAGAGGAUGAGGAGGACAGCGUCACCUCGGGGUCACACCGUUCACACCGGUGAGGCCUCACCCAUACGCCUGUCUGUCUCCCUCUCCACCCGUCUACCUGCCAUCCUGUCUACCAUCUGGAUGUUUGCCUCAGCUACAGUGUGUGUGUGUGUGUGUGUGUGUGUGUGUGUGUGUGUGUGUGUGUGUGUGUGUGUGUGUGUGUGUGUGUGUGUGUGUGUGUUAGAGGGCCCUGCUGGGGUCGGUUCCCCUCUGCUGCGGCGGUACGUCAGGGAGGUUCUGGUGGAGACCGGGACCCUGAUGCUGGCCCAGAGAGACCCGCUGGGACCGGGACCGGGACCAGGACCUGGACCUGGACCUGGACCAGGACCGAGGGCGGCAGAGCAGGUACACACCCCCUAGUCUGUGGUUCUGUCUGUCUGUCUGUCUGUCUGUCUGUCUGUCUGUCUGUCUGUCUGUCUGUCUGUCUGUCUGUCUGCCUGUCUGUGGUCCUGUGGUCUGACAGGUUGUGUUGGGUCCACAGCUGCUGGUGUCCACCCCAGCUCCGACCCCAGUAGCCAGCCCAGUCCCAGUCCCGGACCCGGACCCGGACAGUCCCCAGAGCCCCCCCCUGCAGACCCCCCCCCCCCUCCGGACCCCCCAGCCCGGAGCCAGCAGAACCCUGGCCCUCACACACAGUGGCUGACGUGGAGCUGGUGGCCACGCCCACGCCCACCCCGGAGCCACGCCCCCUGGACGACGACCCGCCUAUCCUGGCUGAGGGGACCCUCGACUCACACUCACUGGUGAAACCUGCAUCAGAGGGGAACUUGCCCCUCCCCCCUGCUCCUCCCCCUGCCUCCCCCCCGGCCCUCCCCCCUCAGGACCACAGUGUGUGUACUAGUACUGCUGGUAGUACUAGUACUACCGGCAGUACUAGUACUGCUGGUAUCAGCCUGAGCACCAGCAGCAGCAGCCUGGUGGCGGCCGGGGGGGCGGAGCCUGCAGUGAGACACAUCUCAGAGGGAGAGCUGCUGGUCAGCUGCUACUACCCCACAGAAGACGGCAGUUUCUCCAGUUCUCUGCGGGAGCUUCAGGAGAUGGU